UGUAGACGUCUAUAAAAACCGACUUAGACACAAGUUAUAGCAGGCUUCACCAUGGGCAUGGGCAAGGCGUUGUGUCUGUUCGUUUGUUUGGGAGCUGUGUUCUCCCAGCCACCCACCAAACCUAACAUUGUGGUGGUUAUGUUGGACGAUGUCGGUUAUAAUGACGUUGGCUGGAACAACCCACACAUCAAGACGCCAAAUUUGGACAAAAUGGCACGUGAAGGAGUCACCCUAAACAACUCUUACUCUCAACCCGUGUGCUCUCCAUCCAGGGCGGCCCUUCUCACAGGCCGUUACCCACAUAACGUGAACAUGGACGGCGCUGCUACAUUCGGUCCCACCAUACCGGAUGGCUUGGAUUUGAAGUACUGGAUUUUACCACAGAAAUUAAAAGAACUAGGCUACACUACACACGCCAUUGGAAAAUGGCACUUGGGAUUUUGCGAUUGGAAGUACACUCCAACAGAACGCGGAUUUGACACCUUCUUCGGCUUUUACUUGGGCGCAAAUGAUUACUUCACCCAUCGCACCACAAUUGGCAAAGAUGGCUUUGAUGGUCUCGAUCUGCGGUUCAACAAGACCCUCGUGACAGACAAAGAUGGUGUAUACGAUACAAACAUGUGGUCCGACCGAGCUGUGGAAAUCAUCAAGAAUCACGACAAAAACGCACCGUUUUUUGUCUACGUGGCUUAUAACGGGAUUCACGGUCCGCUAAGGGAUAGAUUAAAGAUGGGCUAA